GGGUGGAGUCGCCGAGAAGCAGCCAGCCAGAGGCGGCACACAGCGCAUGUCCGCAGCGGGGCAGUCACGUCGCGCAGCUCGGUCCAAUCAACAGAAACUUUCCUAACAGAGAUUUGUAAGAUGGCGACCGCCGAACCGGAAACCAGCCCAAGUCCACCCCAGCCUGAAGAAGAUAAAGCUGAGGAGACUGGACAGGAGAUUGUGAGCCCAGAGGCCUACAUCAAACACCCCCUCCAGAACAGAUGGUCUCUGUGGUUCUUCAAGAAUGACAAGAGCAAAACAUGGCAGGCCAACCUGCGACUCAUCUCUAAAUUUGACACGGUUGAAGAUUUCUGGGCUCUCUACAAUCACAUCCAAUUGUCAAGCAACCUGAUGUCAGGCUGUGAUUACUCUCUUUUUAAGGAUGGCAUUGAACCCAUGUGGGAGGACGAGAGGAACAAGCGUGGCGGCCGCUGGCUGAUCACACUCACCAAGCAGCAGAGGAGAUUAGACCUGGACCGCUACUGGCUGGAAACGCUCCUGUGCUUAGUGGGAGAGGCCUUUGACGACUACAGCGAUGAUGUUUGCGGAGCCGUGGUCAACAUCCGCACAAAAGGAGAUAAAAUAGCCGUCUGGACAUCAGACUAUGAGAACCGGGAUGCUGUAACACACAUAGGGAGAGUUUACAAGGAGCGCUUGGGGCUUCCCAUGAAGAUGACUAUUGGCUACCAGUCCCACGCAGACACAGCUACCAAAAGCGGUUCAACCACCAAGAACAAAUUUGUUGUUUGAGAAAAUGCCCAAUGUGCCUCUUUCAUUCUCUUGUCUUAUUUGUUGUUGGUGCAUAUGUUUACUUUGCUGCAAAGACUCUGCGGAAUGCAAUCUGGAGGAAACAAAAAAGAAAGAAAAAAAAAAAAAACAACCCAAUCCAAGACUACAUGCCAAAUGUUUCCAUAACCUGCCCAGGACUUGAACCACAGGAAAAAAAAACCAAUGGAAAACAUAAUCAUGAAUCUUCCAAAACACUAACAAUGAGGGGUAUUAAUAGUAGAUGA